CGGUGAACGCCUCUUAAUGAGCGCAAACAAAGUGCAGCCGGAGAGAAGUGAAAGUGACAGCGGGAGUUCACACCGAUGCACGGGGACAGAGAGACGGAUAGAAAACCGCUGAACGUAACACCGACGUGUGUUAUGACAGGAAGAAGUCCAAAGCCGCAGAACUGGUUUGCUUUGCUUCCUGUUGCUAUAAAGUCGUCUUGAGUCGCACUUUGAAUGCGCUGAGUCCACUGACAGCUUCGACGGAGACACGGACAGACACGCUACAGACAUGGAGAAUGGAAAGACCCGCCUGCAGCAGACCCAGGAUGACGUGGAGGAGGUGAAGGUCAUCAUGCUGGACAACCUGAAUAAAGCUGAAGAGAGAAGCGGCAAACUGGGUGAGCUGGAGGACCGGGCUGAUGUUCUGCUGGAAAAGAGUAAAGCCUUUGAAAAGACCGCCAACCAGGUGAAGCAAAAGAAAAGAUGGGAGAGCAAGAAGAUGAGGGUGGUGUUUAUUGUCAUUGGAGUAGUAGCAGGACUUGUCAUUGUGGCACUUAUCAUCUUUGCCAGCAUACAAGGAUAAUGGCUUCGCUGUUGAUGAAAGGAAAAAGGUGUUGGGACUGAAGGGCAUGAUGUGAAUUAAGAUAAGAGGUCCUGGAAAAAAAUGAGUUUUUAUUGUUGAACUCCAGCAUUUUGCCUGAACUGCUAGGUCUGUGAUAUUUCUGUGUUUUGAGAUAUUUAUGGGAGUAUCGUUCCCAGUCUUCAUUUGUGUAAGUCUUCAGUUGAUAUGGUACCAUUGAUUGCUCGGCUGCUUCUUCUGUUGUCUUUCUUUACUUUUCAAAGGUCGUGUCUGCACAGCCCACAUUGGAAUGACACAGAAGUUCACAUGGAAAUUAAAAUUCUUAAAAGUCUGUUAAAUGAACAUCCACAGAAUCAAACCAGUCUGCUGUCCUUCCUGUUAUAUCUUACUGUCAUGACAAUUUGUUAAAAUUGCACCUAAAUAUCAAGUGCUGUGGUGCUACCCACCUCUUUAAGUACAACUAUUAAUUUCAAACAAUUUUAUGCAAAAACCAUUAGGUUGCUGCUGUUGUAAUUUGUACAGUAGUUCACAUUCACCCCUCAAAAUUCAUUUAAUGAUUAAGUUGAUGACAGGAAAGACAACAUGCCAAACUUUGUUAACAUGUGCCAGCUUCAGAUCACUUCAGAUAGGAAGGAAUGAACAAUUGUACUGAAACACAAUAUUUCAGAGAAUGAUUGUCCUUAAAUCAUUAAUAUGUGUGUUUUUUAUUUUAAUUUUGUUAUUCCAGAUUUUUUAUAGCUGCAGUCUCAUUUUUUUGUUCAUAUUAUUCCCUAAAACACAGAUUAUAAGGUCUUCUAAUUUUGAGCUGGUCCAUAUAUCACAUCAAUGUGGAAGAAGUUAAUGGAAAUUAAUGUCUUCAACUUCUCACAUUCUGGGUUAUUUUUGGCAAAUUACCAGUCUACACGAAUGUUUGGACCUGGGACUGUCAGUAGUGAAUUCAAAUGUUUCUGUUGAGAAUAACCAGUGACUCCUGGUGGUGAAUGUUUGUACUUCAGAGAAAUAUAUAGAGUGCAAAAUGCCUCGCAGCUAUAUGUCUAUUGUGUAAUCAGUUUAAACAGUUCACUUCUGUGUUAUCAUGGACACUUACUGUUUGCUAAUUGUGUGAAACUUUAAAAUGUAAUUUGGCCUCAAAUAUUGUAGGACGACAGUUAAUAUGAGGUGCAGGUGGUCUGUUUGGUCUCAAAUCAGAACCAUCAGUGUCUACUGCUGUUAAACCAACCAUGUGAAUCUCUUCAGAUAAUGUAAACCCAAUUAAAAUAUUGCAGUUAACAGGCAUACUCUAUAUUGUACAUGAACAUUUAAUGAAAGGAUCUGUUAGGAUUGUCAUGUUAUGCUGAUUUCAGCCGACUGCUUCAGAAUGUGUGUUGUGUCACCUUUGCACUCUAGUUUAAAAUUACAAAAGUAUUUACACCUAGAGAUGCUAUGCAGUAAAGCCAAACAACAGGGCUGUCCAGAUAAAGUGGAUUGUUAUGGUGAUUUAACAUGUUGAUUUAAAUGAUUUUGUUGUUACUAUGGUGAUAAGGUCUGCCUUUGUUUGAAAAUUUGCAGAGUUUUUAGCGUGCUAUGAGUUUGCAAUAAAUUGAAUGUCUGUUCCAUG